UAACAUGUAGUAACACGAGUGUUAGUAACGUAAACAGUGAUUGUGUGUGUGCGCCAAUUGAGGUUAUGUGGCCAUGGCCAACUCGGAGACGCCGCUCCAAGCCAGCCGCAAAAACGCCUACUACCGCAGCAUUUUCGACAAAUACGACCGGGACCAUGACGGUUUUAUCAACAUCGGGGAGCUGAAUGACCUGAUCGAGAGCCGGGAAUAUGACCACGACAUCCCCGAGCACGUCGUGCGGAAAAUCCACCAAAUGGCCGAUCAGAACCACGACGACCGAAUCGAUUUCACCGAAUUCGUGGACAUGAUAAACCACCCGGACCUCCAGUACGUUUUCGGGCACUAUGUCAACAGGUACAUCCAGAUGGUGGUGCCCCGCCGACGGGGCGCCAGCGAGGUGGACGGGGCCUACGACGACCAGUACUCCUGCUACCCCCCGGCCGUGGGCAUGAUCAUUAUUUCGCUAAUCGAGGUCAUUUUUUUCUGUGUGGAUGAGGCAAUCGAGGCGGAUUCGACCAAAUCGGCCUCGGGCCCCAUCAGUUCCGUCUUCAUCUACGACCCCUACAAGAGACAGGAGGCUUGGCGGUUCAUCACUUACAUGUUUGUGCACGUUGGAGCCUUCCAUUUGUUUGUCAAUCUUUUGGUGCAAAUUCUACUGGGGACUCCGCUAGAAAUGGUGCACCGGUGGUGGCGAGUGCUCCUCAUUUAUUUCGCGGGGGUCCUCGCCGGGUCGCUUGCUACCUCAAUCGCCGACCCCACCGUGAGACUUGCGGGGGCCAGCGGUGGGGUCUACUCCCUCAUCACGGCACAUAUAGCCACCAUUAUAAUGAAUUGGAGGGAAAUGUCGUUCCCCAUCGUCCAGUUAUUUAUUUUUUUGAUCAUUAUGGCCUCCGACAUUGGGACCGCCAUUUACAAUCGGUAUUUCCUCGAAAUGGACGAACAUAUCGGGUACAUGGCCCACUUUGCGGGGGCUAUUGCCGGGCUCUUGGUGGGGCUCAACGUCCUAAGAAACCUAGAAGUGACAACGGUCGAACGGGUCAUUUGGUGGCUCUCUAUCGUCACGUAUUGUCUCCUGAUGGCAAUCGCAAUCAUUUGGAAUUUUGCCUGGCCUGAGUAUUUUUUGAAAAGUCGGGAACGGAUUUGAGGUUAGGAAAUGACACAAAAGUGUAACAAUUAUUAUUUUUAAGCACAGAUUAGGUACAAAGUGACCAGUUUUUGCAGUAUUGUAUGACUAGAGGUUGAUUUUAGUAUUAUUUUUGAUUUUGUAAAAGUGGGGUUAUGUCGGCGCAUAAUCAGAAAGUGUUUUAUUUGAGCAUUGCGCGAGCCCCCAACUCAUCUGGACGGACUCGCAACCGUGUUUCAAGCCCCUAGUAUUAAGGUCAGCCCCCUCAAACAUUUUUUUGUAAGCAAUUUAAUAUGCAAAGUAAAAGUGAGGUUAUGUUUGACAAUCCACGAAAAGGCCUAGUUAUAGUAUUUGCGGUGCCUUCCUAGCACAAAACUCUAGUAUUUUUUAUAUUCUACUUUAUUACGUCCAAAUAUUUACAACAAUAAAAGACUUAUUACUUGA